AAAAAGGCAAGAGGGUGGGGAUCAGAAGAAGGUGCAAAGCCACAAAGUGUGAGUGCGCGUGUGUGUAAAGGUGUAUGUGUGAAAAAUCCGUUCCGGCACCCCUCUGCGCUGGUUAUUAUUUGUCUUGGUCGUUGUUUUUGUUGUUGUCAUUGACUUUGCUGUCAUCUAUUUUUCAGACCUUUCUGCAUCUAAGAUGGUGAAGAAAGGAGUGAGGAAGAGAACAAAAUAACCACUGGAAAGUCUCAAACCAGGUUGGGGAGUGUGUGUGCAUGUGGGGGGGGGUGGGGAAGGUAAAAAGGAAAGAGGAUUAACCACAGCAACCCCCCACCCAAAAACAAAAACAAAAACAAAAAAAAAAAACAAAAAAAAAAACCAAAAACCAAACCAACAACCAACAGCUCUUUUUGCUGAGGGAGGACUCGAAGGAUUAAAAGGCAGCAACUUCUGAGGCGAUUUGUCCCCUGAGUUAUGGAUGUUGGUGCACUUACUUCAGGCCAGAUCAGAGCUCAGAGGAAUCUAACCAGAAGCAGCAACCACCGUCUCUCCACUUGCCUUUUGCCAGGUUUUACCCUUCCAGUAUGUUUCAUUUGAUAAGACAUUUUCCAGCGCCCAGAGUUUCAGUACAAUGUGCAAAUGGAUACUGACAAAUGGUGCCUCAGCCUUUUCCCACCUGCCUUGUUGCUGCUUGCUGCUGCUCUUCUUGGUGUCUUCUGUGCCUGUCACCUGCCAUGACCUCGGCCAGGACAUGCUGUCCCCGGAGGCCACCAACUCCUCUUCUUCAUCAUCCUCCUCCUUCCCCUCGUCCUUCUCCUCUCCUUCCAGUGCGGGGAGACACGUGCGGAGCUACAAUCACCUCCAAGGAGACGUGCGCAAGAGGAAGCUCUAUUCUUACAACAAGUACUUUCUCAAGAUCGAGAAGAACGGCAAGGUCAGCGGCACCAAGAAGGAGAACUGCCCGUUCAGCAUAUUGGAGAUAACAUCUGUAGAAAUUGGAGUUGUGGCGGUCAAGUCUAUUAAGAGCAACUACUAUUUAGCCAUGAACAAAAAAGGAAAAGUCUACGGCUCUAAGGAGUUUAAUAGCGACUGCAAAUUGAAGGAAAGAAUAGAAGAAAAUGGAUAUAACACAUAUGCGUCCUUAAAUUGGAAGCACAAUGGAAGGCAAAUGUUUGUGGCCCUGAAUGGGAGGGGAACCACGAAGAGAGGACAGAAAACAAGAAGAAAAAACACUUCAGCUCACUUUCUUCCUAUGGUAGUCAUGUCAUAGAUGAACAAACCAUUUUUUUUACGCAGUUGAACCAAAGGCUGUUAUGUCAAGAAUAUUUGGUAAUUCGCUUAAAAGGUAGAAUGCGGCGAAGUAGCACAGACAUCUGCAUGUUUGAAGUGAGAGCAGGGGAAGCCUUUGAAGGUUUUGUACUUAUUGCUGGCACAUGAAAUACCUUUAUUUAGUUCGUUGUCAUAUCUUAUAAUCAAAAUGAAGCUGGAUCAAAGGGGAUGGAAUUUAUUGCCAGUGUGAACUUUUUUUUUUUUUUUUUAAUCACUGCAACAGACCUUGAUGGACAUAAGACAAUCUGUUGUGUGAUCUUCAUGGGGAAUGCUAUUUAUGGAAUACUAAUUCAUAUCAAAGUCCUUAAUUGCUCAUUCAAGCCUAAUGAUUCAAUGAACAGUUAGACACACAAGCUGGAAGCACUUGGGUCAUAUGCACAAAUAAUGACAUUUCUGGAGAAGCCUUGUGGACAAAUGGAUAGGAUAAGCAUAGUGUAUAACUGUUCUAACAAAAUGAAUAGUAUGGUUUGCCUGUAUGUCCUAAAUUCAUUUCUUUUUAUUUCUAAGUUAUUUAUUUAAUAGGAUGUUAAAUAUCUUUUUUAUUUUAAAUGUUUCCUCAUAUGCUUUUUUCCUAUUUUCCCUUUUUCGU